UGUUACAAGAUGAUCUUAAAGCGGAAAAUGAGUACAAAGAUGGAGAGUCUAGUUUGUAUACUUUUUAUGAUCAAUUCCGGAUUCAGAGUCAAGCUUUUGUUAACGCUAGACCUUUAAAUAACUGUCCCGAAGUUAAAACUCUAUAUGACAAUUUUCAAUGUGGAUUUAAAAUAUCAACUGACCGAAAUUGUAUUGCACAUCGACCUUAUAAUAAGAUAUCUAAACGAUAUGGAGGUUAUGUUUGGCAGACCUACAGACAAGUCGCUGAGCGUAUGACCAACUUUGGUUCCGGACUUUUGCACUUGAGUGAAACCGUUGUAAAGAAUCCUAAGGUGAAGCAAUGGUGUGUCGGAAUCCAUUCAAAUAAUAGGCCUGUUCCAAUUGUGGUUGCUGGCGCUAAUCGCAUCCCUGAGCUUAUUCGAAUUGCGCCAAAGGUUCCUGUAAUGAAAGUAAUUAUUUCAAUGGAUGAGUUUGACGACAGUGCCCCUGCGCCUGCGCCUAUUGAUUCAGUUACUACUGGAAAAAUUUUAAAGGCGUGGGCACGUGAUAAUGGCAUUUUAUUAUUGGACUUUAAUGAGGUUGAAAAAUUGGGCCAACAACAUCCUCGUAGACAUAAUCCUCCUUCUCCGAGUGAUCUUGCUUUUAUUUGUUAUACUUCAGGUACAACUGGUACUCCAAAGGGUGCUAUGCUUACUCAUUCAAAUUGCAUCGGUGUGAGAAACGGCUUCGAUUUUGCCUGGGAGGUUUUUCCAAAUGAUCUUGCUCACGUAUUAGAACUUGUGGCUGAAAUGCUAAUGAUUACCGGCGGUGCCAGUAUCGGUUACUUCCGUGGUGAUGUACUUAAUCUUAUUGACGACAUUGCUGAACUUAAACCUACCGUUUUUCCUUCUGUUCCGCGUUUGCUUACGCGUGUGCAUGCUAAACUUCAACAAAAUACCGUGUAUGCUCCUGGAAUUAAAGGUGCAUUAUCACGUAGAGCUAUUGCUGCAAAACUUCAAAAUUUAGAGGAUGGAAAAGGUUAUACUCAUGCCUUUUGGGAUAGAAUUAUAUUCAACAAGAUAAAACAAGUUCUAGGUGGUCGUGUAAGAGUAAUUCUUACAGGCUCUGCUCCUAUAGGUCCUGAAAUAUUACAAUUCUUGAGGGUUGCUUUUGCUUGUGACGUAGUUGAAGUGUAUGGGUGUAUGGGUGCAUUAGUGUAUGGGUGCAUGAGUGUAUGGGUGUAUGGGCGCAUGGGUGUAUGGGUCAUGAGUGUAUGGUUGCAUGAGUGUAUGGGUGUGUGGGUUUAUGGGUGUUAUGGACAAACUGAAGGUGUUGCUGUUGCGACUAUUACCUUAAAGGGUGAGAAUAAAGCUGGACAUGUGGGAGAUGUACCAGAGAUGAAUUAUUAUUCAACUGAUAAACCUUAUCCUCGCGGUGAACUUUGCUAUCGCGGUCCAAAUAUCUUUGUUGGUUAUUAUAAAGAUGAUGCUAAAACAAAAGAAACAAUUGAUUCGGAAGGAUGGCUUCAUAGUGGUGAUGUUGCAUACGUUAAUGAAAGAGGUGCAUUUGGUAUAAUUGAUAGAAAAAAGAAUAUAUUCAAGCUAUCUCACGGUGAAUACGUUGCCCCUGAAAAACUCGAAAAUGAAUAUGUGAAUUCCAACUUGAUACUUCAAAUAUUUGUCCAUGGUGAUUCUAUUCGCAAUUAUCUUGUUGCUGUUGUUGUACCAGACCCUGAAACUUUUGUACCGUGGGCAAAUGCAUUGACCAACCAAAACGUUUCCUUGGGUGAUGAAAAAGGAUUAGAAAUUCUUGUUAAUGACAAAACUGUGAAAAGUGCUUUUUUGGAGCAUAUGAAUGAGAUUGCAAAACAAUCGAAACUUAAAGGUUUUGAAAUUGUUAAAGCCAUUCAUCUCUCCGGUGUUCCAUUCUCAAUUGAAAACAACCUUUUGACUCCAACUUUGAAACUUAAACGUCAUGAAGCUCAAAAACAUUUUCGUAACAUUCUUGAUAAAUUAUAUGCAGAAACUGGAAAUGAAUCCAUAAUUAAUAAGAUUAAUUCCAAAUUGUAA